AUAGAAUACUUCCUGCUUCCUUGUCACUUUAAGACCAAGACAUUUACUAGUAGGAGGUCCUCGAUGCUGUGUCUCCUGAUUUUCGCCUUGCUGGUGUGUUGUUCUGGAUACAUCUUCCAAUUCGAGGAGGGUGAAACUCGACGCUUUAUCUACAAAGGAGCGAGCGGACAUCAUCAUUAUUGCACGGUUUGUACAACAGGGAAGAAUGAUGAACAGAAUCGAGAGACGCAACAAGGAGAAUGUAUUGUGAAGAACUUUAAACCAGAAAUUCCUGAGCCUAAGCCUAUCUGUAAGGAAAGUGUUCCUGAUGGGAUCAUUCCAGGAUGUGGUCCUUUACCGGUCUUAGAGGGUUUGUUUUGGAAAACAAAAUCCGGCAGACCUAUCCAAAACAGGAGUACGGUGUACGAAGAGUAUUUCCCGCAAUGUCUUCGGACAAGGAUGUUGGAAAGUAAUUUCAGCAGUAUCAGAUGUGGGGAAAAUCUGAAGUGGAAUGUAAAUCCGACAAAUUUCCGAUGUUUAAAAGGUUGUGGACCACUUCCAAAUCAGUUUGAGUGGAAAUUGGAGAAUGGAGGUCGUACUGGAAAUGAAAGUUUGGCGGGAUAUACCUACAUCGGCUUCUGUCGUCCGGAAUUCAAAACAUCAAUAACGGUACAUUGUGGAAGGAACUCCAUUUGGUACGAUGAUCCAUCCCAGGCUGUUUGUCCAUCAGAGGAUUGUGAUGAGUGGUAUUGCAUUGUGGAAAUUCAAAUUAUUCUCGCUCUGGUAAUGCUGCUGAUACCCCUUAUUAUUGUUUCCUUGUAUUGUGCACGGGUCAGAAAGAAACACGCAAAACGUUCACUACAGAUUGAAAGCCGUUUGGAUUCAGAGCUCGAAAUGGAAAGACCAAUGAUUGGCAUAUCUGAUAAACUUGAACGUGAUGGACACCCCAAACUCGCAUCCGACGAUUCCGAUAACAAAAGUGGAGAUGAGAGUGCAGAAACUACAUCCACAAACCCAGAUCUGCCUGGCAGUGAGGGAACUUGCAAUGCAGACUCUACAUAUACAAAUCAAGAUUUGUCUAGCAGUGAGGGGAACAGAACUCCCGUGGAACACUCGGAGAAUCCUUUCUUUAAGCAAGAUGAAAAUAUUAAAGUAGAUCAGACAUUACAGACUGGGGUGGACCAAGAGGAAAUAUUAGAAUUUACUGUUCAAAGGGAUGAGAAUAUUAAAGUAUUUCAGACAUUACAGACUGGAGUGAACCAAGACGGAAUAUUAGAAUUUACUGUUCAGAUGGGUGAACUUGUUUAUAUUGCAACGAAAGAGACCAUGACAGACGUUAACAGUCUUCAAAUAAAGCGGAAAGACCAAGCCGACUAUCGUGGAGUAGUUGUAUAUCCAUUCCUGCACUGUAUAAAGGAAAUAGAAUCCGUGGACGACGGGAUAUAUUACUGGACCACCACCGAAAGCUGGCCAAAAAGAAAUGUAUUUUUGUUGAGUGUAAAAGAUAGGGGUCAACCAGAUGGUCUUGAAUCUAUUAGUUCCAGAUGCCGGUUGAGGUCACAAGUGAGUUGCGAGGUUCAACAGGAAGUCCUUGACUAUUGUUCUUCCAUUUUGAAGUCAUGUUUGGCUACCCCACCUUCAUCAUCAAUAUCCACGAUUACAGAUGUGUCGGUAUGUACACUGAAGAUAGACACAAUAUUCCGGAAUAUGGAGGAUUUCCUAAAACAGCUCUGUUAUUGUCUCGAUAAUUCGACUUCCUAUCAGUUGCGAGGUUGCUGGCGUGUAAUUGCCAAAACUUUUCUAAACCGAACUGAUGCUUAUAUUUCAAGUGUGGAGUGGCACAGAAAAGGGGACCCUGACAACGGUCCAUCAAAUUUAAUUUUAAAUGACUUACGCAGGGCCAACCCGAAUCUUACUAUCGGCCAACUUGUAGCAAAUUUACCUCCAAAUUUAGACUUACUGAACACCAUUUUAAGGUUUCAUAAUGAUUGUUAUUUUUGCAAUCGUCUUUUUCAUGCAACUCAACAAACAGAACCAAAAGUAUUUUGCAAUGCGUGAGAUUGAAAUCACAGAUGGAUCCAAUAGGCGUGCACGGUGGAUUCAAACACUUUUUAAAGACAUUUUAAAAAGUGAAACGUGUUGGGCUGUUCAAGAUAUCUAAACAUGGCAGGAUCUCUUACGAUUGCUGGCCUGUAAUAAGCUUCUUUAUACAUGGGACAGUGCUGAGAUGGGGGAGGGGCGCUGUACCAAAAUGAAAUUAGACAAGCAGAAAAAAGUGACCCAAAGAAAUUUUGAAAUGUAUACUUUCUUGAAACUAGUAUCCUGUGUGAAAAGGAAGAUGGAUCGAGAUUUUAGGACAUUCCAAAGGUGAAAUGUUGGUCCUUAGCAUCUACCAUGAAGAUGCCAAACUUCUUUGGAGGGCCAGCGGACAUGUACCCCCCGGUAAAUCAAUUUGAUCUCAAAAACUUACAAGGAGAGUUUUUUUUUAAUUAAAAAAAUUAAAAUGGUUGGCAGCAGGAACAAGCUGAUUCAAGGAUAAUGAUAACUAAAUGCUUAAGUGCACUAAUUAUUACAUUUUUAGUUUUUUUUUUUUUAAACGAAUAUCUAUUAUUUUCUCAUUUUAAUUAAUUAGGUGGGAAGGAAGGAAGUGUAUUUUUUCCCUGUAACAUAUUCUGACUUUUCAGUAGAGAUAAAUGCACCAGGAAGCAAAAAACUUUUUUAAAACUAAAACGCUUGUAUAUUUUUAGUUUGUGCAAUGUUUAUUCUUUUUGCAUUCCAGCAUUACUUGGAAGGAAAAUCAAAUCGGAAAGAAAUGUAGACUCCUUAUUUAAACAUUAUUUAGGAAAUUAUCACUGCCCUUUAACACAAGAAAAUGUCUUAUUAAUUUUUUCUAGCCAAUUUAUUUAUAAUUAAUUUUUUGAUUAAGAUAUUUUACAUUGCAGUAUUUAGUAACUGAACAAGAAAAAUU